CCUUCACUUGGAUAUGCAGACAUAGUUAUGUAUAUACGUUUUGUAAUAAUAUUUAUGCAUUCAUACUACAUUGCAUUUUCUCACCUCCAGGUUUCCGCUGAUCCGAUCGUAAAAUCGUUCACAUAACACUUGAAUUUUAUAUUUAAUUCUAAUUAAGAUGGAAGAGGAGCCCAUCGACAACUCGUGCAACUUUUUAUGUCUAGCGACAAGUAGCGACGAUGGUAUUCUGGAAAUAAACGAGGACGUCUGCAAGAAACUCUUUGAUGUGCAGAUUGAUCUAUGCACUCCGGGCCUCUGUGUCGUCGGCUUAAUCCUUGACCCAAUUAAUGGGAAUGAAUACCCUCUUCUAAUGCGGCAAAUGUUAUCCCACCUGCUACUAGUAGAUGAUGGCCAGGAAAAGCUGAUAGAAUUUUAUGAACGGUUUGAGAAUGGCUUGGACAACUUUAAGUCUAAUAAUUCAAAUGAUCCGAUGCUAGUCGCAUGGUCAAAUCCUAUCUGGGUGGAAAAAGGUGCUUCUACUCGAAUUCCGGUAUACAUUUUGGAUAUAAUUGGUAAUUUUCGGGACGGAUUCAAGGACCCCAAUUUUAUUGCAUUGGCUGGACUAUCGCUCUUAAUGUCGUCAUCAACAGUUGUGAUGAUGGAAGAAGAGUUGAAGGUGGAUGAUAUGAGAGACUUGGUUCCAUUUCUGGUCCAGGGGCUUAGAUCGGAACAAUUAAACCGUUACCAGCAAAUUAACUUUCUGAUUCGCAACGCAAAGUCGGGCCCCUAUGGAGACAAAGAUUCAACCCAAUUACUUCAAGAUUUUUGGACGAGUAGUAUCGAUGACGACGUAAUUUCAAGGGUUCGUGAAGUAUUUGAGGCCUUCAAUUGCCACAAAAUCCCUCCAUCAACACCUGGAAACAAAAUUAUAAGGCAAACUUUAUUCAAAAGAUUUUUUUCUUCCAUAUUUGACAAUUACAUCACGAUAAAACGGUCUCAGAAUGGUGCACCAAUGAAUGGAGAAGAUGUCGUAAAAUAUAUGGAGAAGCAUCGAGAUAAUGUAACAGAUUCAGAUUACGAGGCAUUUCUUGAAGUUUUUACAAAAAUUGGACAAAUAGUCCGAAAAGAGGAAGAUAAACAGGAUCCCUGGCGAGAGCCAAUUCAUGCGAAUGACAACGUCGAAGAUGACAGUGAGACUGACUCCGACCAAUCUGAAUGUACUGACGGUGGAUGCUGUGAACUUCCUAAAGCAGAAGAAAUAUGCAAUGAUAAGGAAGAUGUGGAGGUCGAUGAUGUGACGACAAUCUUUACAAAAUUUAACAUUAUUGCAGAUGUAAAAGAAGUUGAAAAACCGAGUCAAACUACUCGAUCGAAAUUUAGAAACCUUUUAAAAAUGGAAGAUGAGCAACCUGUCGUAACAGAGAAUUUUAAUCAGGGUCGCGAGGAAUUUAUACAAGUUAAUGAUGAAACUAUAAAAUCUGCAACAAAAACCGUUAACCAUGCAGCAGGCAAUUUAAGUACCCCUCCUAUCGAAUCUAAACCCCUGGUAAAGAGCAAAGUUCCGAUUGACCAGUUUCCAGAUGAACAGCCAAGCAUAAAUUCUGAAAGCUGUCUACUUACGACGAAAGGAGAUAAAAUAAUUGUUGAAGAUAAAAUAACUCCAAACCUUGACAUGAAUUCAGGAUCUUCGGAGGAUUUGGUUGAGAUUCCUAAAAAUGAAGACGAUAACUAUCAAACCGUUUUUCAAAAAUUACAACAGAUAACAGUACAAGUUUUGUGCUCCAAAUCCCCUGAUUCAACCACUUCGACAAACUCGAUUGUCAACGAAGCUUCACAAUUGAUGUCAGUCACUUUUUUAAAUUCGACCCCAGCCACACUAAACAAAGCAAUUGAUGAUGUUACCAAAAUCAUUGAACAGUUUAUUACCAUUGUCGUCAAAUUUCAAGAUUUUGUAGAAGAAGACUUUCGCAAUAUAACUCGAGAAACGAUUGUUUCUAAAUCAAAGGAGGGCCUUGAUUCUUUUAAAUUUGAAAUAUUUCUCCCAUGUUUAAGUAAUAUGCUAUCCCAACUAAGCACGACAUAUAUUGAAAUUAUGGACAACAACAAGACCACCCUUACUAAGGUGAUCGCAGAUGUGAUUAGUCAUGAAUGUAGCAGAUAUAAUUACUUAAUAUGCCAAGAACUUGCCGGUGUACGCCAGCAGGAUUGGGAUUCCAUAUUUCAGGAGUCAAUAAAAUGUAGAACUCAAACUUUAUGCUUCGAAGAGGCAGAGAAUACAUUGAAAGAUUUUCUUUUCCCAGAACAAAUUAAACAAAUGACUUGUGAUUUACAAGAAAAGCUUGAUUCCAUAUUAUCUCGCGAAGCUUCUCAGCUUGAACAGAGAUGGGAACAAGAAAAUGCAAUGUCAUCCUCGUUGGAACGAUAUUUGAGUGACUACACAGCAGAAUUUGAGAAAGAAGCAAAUUCCACCUUGACGGUAGGUUUGUUAGAAGAAGCUCGACAAAAACAUAUUUCUAAAGUUGCACAAGAUUUUAGAACAGAAUUUAGUGAGUCUAAAUCUUACAACCAAUUCGAAGAAAAGCUCUUUUCUGGGUUAGCCACAAUAGGUGACAAGGUUAUUUCAAAAUUUAAAACCAAUUUGACGCCUAGGCGGUCAAGCUUAACUUUUGCGACACCAUCACUAACGCCACAAUCGAGUAGGGCAGGUAAGGAUGCACUUUUAUCCUCAGAAAAGGAUUUAUCUGUCGAAACAGUGUCUAUUGCGAUGCAUUUUGGAAUAGAUAAGCUUUCCAUGAAUUACUGGGAUGAUAAGAAAAAUGUGUCUGUUAGCUUGUUAAAUAAUGUAGAUAAUAUCUUUUCAUAUGUCGGAAAUACAUUUAAGAUAGGACGUCAUCAACAGCAUUAUGUAAAUGCUGGUCAUAUCUUUGUGGAUAAUAGUAUUUCAUUACAACUUUGGCCGGAGAAUGUGAAAUUAACUGGAUGUUCAAUUAUAUUAGUUAUGCUUAUUACGUUGAAACGAUACGCGGAAACAAAUUUGUCCAAAAAAGUGUCAAACUGUGUUCUCGUUAUUCCUUCCUUUAUUGAUUGUGAAAGUUAUUCAGGUAUUUCAAGAUUUUCGACCCUACUCAAUUUUGAAAUUUCGAUCAUUUCUGAAGCUGAUGCGGUCGCAAUCCAAUAUUUUGGUCGCGUUGGUAUGUCUCACUCAUCGGAAUAUUUGUUACCUUCUCUUGUGGUAAUUGUUCUCCGAAAGACCUCUUACGAAAUGGCAAGUUUUUCUUGCUCAGGUAGACACAUUUCUAGACAAGGUUUCCAGUGCUGGCAAAAGUCUGAUUGGAAAGUAAGAAGGGCUUUUGAUUACAUGAUGGAUUACAUUUAUGAUGGUUUUAUUUCUAUGUUAAAAUCAGUUACCUCUUUCCUUCCAAAAGCAUUCAAAGUAAUUUUAGUUUCAGAAACAAGAGACGUAGUAAACAAUAGUUUUAAAAGCAGGAUUAAAAAAUCUGUCGUUCCAAAUGGUUUAUCCGAUGAACAAUUACUUAGCGUCUGUGCCGUAAAAGGCGCUUCACUUUUGGCUGGAAUUGAACACUCCAGUAAUUCAGCUUGGCAAUAUUGGACAAACUUCCAUGGCGGAAUUGUUGCAGAUAGAGAAGUGUCAUUACUGUUAAAUGAACAUAAUUACAAUGCCAUAGGAGUUAUGAAAGGUUGGUGGGCCCCAACUACUUCGGAAGAGGAAAGUGAAAUCAUUACACACAUAUCUCUUGCACAAAAAAUAAUGAAUAAGAAAUACAGUCCAAUCAAACAGAAAUUCAAAAAGUAUUUCAAUGAGAAAAUGCUGGAGAUAAAGAAUGAUACAAAUUUCUCAGAAUAUAUGAAAGAAUUAUUAACUGGGCUAAUUGAAAAAAACUUGAGUUUGGUAAAACAUUUGGACGUGAGUGAAAAAUAUUACACUAAUAAACAAAAGGAACUUGACAAAGAAAUCGAGGACAUUAAAACCAGGAAUAACAGUGGAAAAAAGCACUGAACCUGAUGUAAAUAUAAAUAAUUAUAAUUAUCAAAAUAUUCAACUAUCUGCUGUAUGCAUUUAAAUUAUAAAGAUUACGACUCUAAAAUACAUGUAUUUAGAUGUAAUGUAAUUUAGAAAUAUGAUUUGUUUGACAAUAAAAUCACACUAUAUUUGAAAG